AUGCCGAUAUCUGCCAGUGCGAUGCGCCUUAUUAUGCGGCAGGUGCACGAGAUCGCAACCAAACCAGUCCCUGGUGUACAAAUCAUACACAAUGAUGAUAACACCGGCAAUAGUAAUAAUAAUAGUAGUAGUAGUACUACCGAUACACUCAGUGAAUUGCAUGUAAAUCUCACCGGACCAGAAGAAACCCCUUUCGCCGGUGGUCUCUUUCACGUUGUGUUGUACUUUGAUGAGGGAUACCCGUCUGUUCCCCCACGAGGUUUAUUCCGCACAAAAAUAUUUCACCCCAACGUUUCUGAAAAAGGUGAUAUUUGUGUAAAUGUGUUAAAGAGAGAUUGGGAUCCUGGUCUGGGACUACGCCAUGUGAUUACAGUUAUUCGCUGUUUGUUGAUUGAGCCGAAUGCCGAAAGUGCACUCAAUGAAGAGGCCGCUCGAUUGUUGUUAGAAGAUUACGAUGCCUUCAGACGAAAGGCAGAAAUGAUGACAAAAGUACAUGCCAUGAGAGGAAUAAGACCACAACAACAAUCAAUACAAUCAAUACAACAACAAGGAGGAAGAGGAGGAGGAGAUCCUUCACAUGCAUUAGGUGUAGAUCUCUACAAUACAUCAUCCCAACAACAACAACAACAAUUAAUAAAUAAAGAAGAUCUCUCAACUGUCGUAUUUCACUCAGGAGUUGUGGAUGCCGCGGCCGCAGAGAAUGGAGUUGGGGUUCAACAACUCCGCAAUGCACCGGAUUCCGCAUUAAAUUUGAGAAAUGCCGAUAAUGGAAAUUCAACUCUCGCAGUGAACUCCAAAAAGGCAGUGGAUAAAAAACGUGCGGCUCUUAAGCGCAUUUAA